UGCAAGAUUGUGGUAACGUGACAGAGUUUUAUGGCAAAUGACAGCGAAGAGGUGAGGAUCAAUGUGCCGUGAUGGCUGAGGAGGAGCUGCUGGUCACCCUGUGCCGCGGCGACUCCGGCUCCGGCGGCUCCUUCGGCUUCUCGCUACUCGGCGCCUCGGCGUCGGCGGGCCUGCCGGCCGCCCACGUCAUCUACGACAUCGUCGAAAACUCACCGGCGGCCAGGAGCGGCAAGAUAAAUGCUUGAAUUAAGGUCGAUAUUCGCUGUCUGCAUCGGGAAUUGAUUCUUAAGAAUAAAAAAGUCAAUAGGCAUUGAAAUGAAUAAAUUAAAGAAGAAAUGAUAUUGUCAUGGCUCUUUUUCUACAAACUGUAAUACUGACAUGGCAUACUGACUCGAAAGAAAAGACGUUACGUUUUUGCAUCACUAGCUGGAAAUGAAACAAUGAAGACAAUUUAAGCAUAUCUUUAGAAUACAUCAAAUAUUGCGGACUGUAGCUGUCUUUUUUUCGAGCGAUUUAUACACCUGUAAAGAGGAAGGGUGUAAUUCAUUUUAGCACAUUUUAAGAAAGCGAUAACACUCUUCUCAACGUAACUCUUGUCUAAAGAACACUCGAUAUAUGUGGAUAAGAAUUAGCAAUUAUUCCUAAGUACAUCCUAGAUGUUUAUAAUUUGAAUAAAAGUGAUGUAUAUUAUUUUUAAUAUAAUAUAAAAUCGGUUGA